AUGUGUAAACACAUCCUCAACGCGCAAGUCGCCAUUCGAUCUCCUUGCUGUGAGCCCUCCUACAUCUCUAUCUUCAUCCUCCGACCUCAACCUCUAAUCUCGGUCAAAUUCAAUUCAGGUCGGAAAUGGUUUGACUGCGCCGAAUGCCACCAGGAACAGGAAUCCCAUGCCCUCGCUAAGGCUACCGAGAUGGUCUUCGCCUGUAAAAAGUGCAAGAAGUGUUUCCGGAAGGAUGCAGCAGAGUUUGAAGAGAGUGAUGAAUAUUGCCCUCAUUGCGAUAACCAUUUUGUGAUCGAUGCUGUUACGCCGAAGCCCGCGUUGCAGGUGGAGGGUGAAGAUGCUCGGAUCGAUUCUAGAAUGCUCAAGGAUGAUCGGGUCCGUGGCCACGAGGAACGCUCGCUCUUUACGCUCCGGGAUACGUCGGAUCAUCUGGGAUAA